UAGGAGGAGAAGGCAGUGGGAGGGAAUGGCUAUAGACUUUCAGGAAGAAGAAGAAGAGAAAAAAAACAAGCAUUGAAGUAAAGCAGCAAAGUGUGCUGAGAUCAGGGAGGGGGGUGGUAGGAAAAAGGACACAGGAGGACAGAGGAAGAAGCCAACGUGAAAGUCCACCAGGGAGGCAAAGGAAAUCGGCAUACACCGGCCGGCAUAUCUUUGAAAAAUGGCGAUAGACUCCCACAAAGGUCAAGAACUGGUCUACGCCAAGGCCCCAGUGUACCCACCAUUCAGUCUGUCUCAGUCUGCUGGGGUUCUGAAAAACAAAAUGGGUGAACCAGAAAAAUACUGCGCUCCUCUGGAAAAUAAGGACAGCCACUGGGCCAAAUUAUUUUACAAUGGGACGGCCACUGAGAAGAAAGAGAGUUCCGCCAUGGGAAUCUCCAUCAUAGCACAACCCGAAUGUGAGAAUAAUCCACAGAUAUGCCCAACUUUCCAGGGAGGUCCCCUGUACAUCCCAGACUCAAAACAGUACAAUCUGGCUGAAAGUAUCGAGCACAUCCCAAACAACGUGGUUCAUUCAACAGAGGGUAAACCAGCACAGUCAAAACAAUUUAUCAGAAAUAAAAGAAAGAAGCGUAAAAGAGGUCGGACCACUCCGGAACAGGAAACCCGAUCUCCCAUACCUGUACAGGAAGAUGAAUCUCAGUCAAAGCCAUGGGAUAGCAAUGACAGAUUGGACUCCGGGAACGCCAAAAGAAAAAUGGAUUAUCCACUGCAAAAAACACAGCCAAUUGAUGGCAACAAGAACUUUCUUCACAAGCUCAUCAGCCCAGAUCAGUGCAUCUAUCACAUGGAAGCCAGAAAACGACAGCCCUCCGAUGCUCUGUAUUGUAAUGAUCCACUACCUGGAAUUAUCAGUGCCUUAGGACUAGACACCUAUGAAGAGAAGGUCAGCGGACAGUGGGACUCCUACAAACUCACAGACUCCUGCACAGACUCAAAAGCCCAUUCUGUGGAAGAGGGGGUGUUGUCAGCUCUGAGAGGAAGUGUGAGUGUUGGCGAGCCAGACGAUCUGUGCUUAAUCGCUAAGGCCUGGGAUGAAGAGGACUCCGAGCCUGUGGACAAUGAGGGGAUCCUCUUCAAAAAGGAAAUGAUGGCUGAGGAUUAUGAAUAUCGAGAAGAUAUCCAUUGGAAGAAAUCUGAAGAUGUUCUAGGCAGUGGUGCCUUUGGGGAUGUUUACUUGGGAAAGGACAAAGCAUCAGGAUUUCAAUUUGCAGCCAAAACGAUCCACGUUAGCAGAUUCCGAUCUCAGGAACUGACCUGCUGCCUGUCUAUGAAUUCUGACAAAAUAGUCCCAGUGUACGGGGCGAUCCGAGAAGGAUCCUGCAUCACUGUAUUCAUGAAGAUGAUGAAAGGAGGCUCUCUGGGCCAGCUGAUCAAGAGAAGCGGCUACUUACCAGAGGACAGAGCUCUCUAUUACUUGUCACAGGUUUUGGAGGGCCUCAAACAUCUCCAUGCUAACAAAGUGGUACAUGGAGAUGUUAAAGCUGACAACAUUCUCCUGACGGAAGACCAUAGCACAGCUUACCUAUGUGACUUUGGGCAUGCUGCUCACCUCCCUCCUGGUAACUCGGGCACAAAUCUUUUGACAGCCAACUAUGUACCAGGGACUGAGACGCACAUGGCCCCUGAAAUAGUGCAAGGGAAUCCCUGUGGCGCAAAGUUAGAUGUGUGGAGUGCGUGUUGCAUGCUUCUUCACAUGCUGAAUGGCUGGCACCCAUGGAGCCGCACACAUACUGCACCCUUAUGUCUAAAGAUUGCGAAAGAGCCUCCACCGUUGCAGGAAAUUCCUCCUAGUAUUCACCCUCUAAUCCGCGACCUUAUAGUGGCUGGAUUACAGAAAGAUCCAAAUAACAGGGCAACAGCGUCAGAGCUCAAACACAGAGUGGAUGCGGCAUUGACAACAAUUGGAGGCCUGAGCUCUCCAUGUGAUUCAGAAUACAGAGAACCCAGAAAAUUUCCUACGGCUAAAAAAGAACCUGAGACCACGCAGUCCAAACCCAAGCUGUUUCCUGAAGAACCCGUACCUAUGCUUAGUCAGCACAUCAAAAACAUAACCCAAGACUCUCCUUUAACAACAAAUGCCAGAAGCGUGGAGCAAACCAGAACUUCAUGUGAAAUGGAGAUCGAGCGUCUAGAAAUAGACCUGUACCGGGAAAACCUCUCCCAACUGUUCUCUCUGGAGGAUACCCAGUUUCUCAGCGAGGACAGCCUGGAUCCACUGCUCAGUGGCAAGGAAUCCAUGAAUACUUUGGAUACUAGAAGUUCUGGAAUCCAUUCAUGGGACAGCCAAAUGGAAGCAUGGAGCUUACAAAGCGACUCCCUGUUCAGUGGGGGAAGCACAACCACCCCUAGUUGGUUCAAUGGGGUAAAAGUACAAUUGCAAACUUUCAGUGGAGAAACAUUGAACAUUUGGGAGUCUGGCAAAACCAAGCUGGGAGACCUGGCAGUGGGCAUCAGCAGUCAGAUCCCAAUCAAACCAUUCACUAUAGUAAAUUCAGAAGGAGAUCCGAUCCCAUGGAAGACGGAUAUUGCAGACUGCGGUAUUGAGCUGAAAUGUUCCUUAGCACAAGACCGUGGAAGCACCUGGCUGUGGAGGGUCAGCAAGGGGAAGAUAGAAGAGGGCCACCUAGAGGUGGCAGAUACUGGUGGAGGAAGAGAAGGUUCAAUCACCCUUAUCCCGGAGUGAUCACUGCUUACAAGGACCUUCCAGUCUUCAACAUCUGUAUAUGUGUCUUGCAGAAAUGCCUUUCAUACGCUUUAGACGGUCAUUAUACUUCUCAGUGCCAUCACUGAAAGUAUCUUCCUUUCUCCAAUACAUACAUAGGCUCUUAAGCACAUAUUGUACAUUUUUGUAAACAUGGCAACAUGGUCACAUUUGCCCACACAAACAUUAACAACAACGGGGAAUAUGUCUAAAACUUCUGAAACGAUCAACAAAAUGAAGGUUAUCUGCUGUGAUUAUUCAUGUACUAACAUUUCUGUUGAUGCCAAAGGAAGCACCGAUUCCCCGGCUUCCCCAAUCUUCAUGUCACUGAACAUGAUUAUGUUGGUCUUAGGCCUCGUACACACGACCGAGUUUCUCGGCAAAAACC